AUGUUCUCGUCUCUGGGUCUUUUUCGCAAUGUUUCAUGCCCUCGCCAGGAUGAGUGCAGCCUACAAACCUGUAUCUUCUCACAUAGCUGGAGAGGAUCUAGUCCUCAGGCAGACUCAGUGCUCAACCCGGUAAAGGAAUACGAUCCUUUCAGUGCCGGAGACAUAUCAUCCCCGCCGUCAAAGAGGAGGAGACUAGAAACUCCUCCCGAGCCACCAGAGAAGCCUGAUGUUCUGCAACCAGUGACUGGAAGCACAGAGGCCUCUACUCGCCCAGCCCUGGGAAAACAAGUGCUCCCACCCUCCCAGACAGUGAGUCGUACCGUGCAAGAAACCUCAUCUCCCGGUCGGAUUUUGCGCAAUGUGGUGGACGAAAAUGCCAAAACAAAGCCAGCUUCAAUUACAAGACCCGUGUCACCACCACCAACAAAGAUGCGCACGGAAUCUUCGCUCCCAGUCAAGAAGAAACCACUGAAAGUCGAAUCCCUGACGCCCCGCAACGUGGCGAAUGCCCCAGCUCUCCUGAAAACAAGAUUGACGGUACUACAGAAGUUGCACGAGGAGAUGCGGACCCAGAACAGCAAGCUUGCUAGUUCGGACAGCAAAUCCAAAAAGCUCGUGCUAGACGAUCAGGAGUUGAUCAAGUUCGCCCUCGACGAAGAAGAAGCUGCGACAAAAUUGGGAGGUGAGAUUUACAAGAACACCAUGGCUCAAAAUAUUCUACGAACCAGAAAGAUGACCACGGAGGAAUGGGUCAAGAGAGUCUCUCAAUGGACUGGAGCAACAUCGACGGUCAAAGCCCCAACGAAGCCAGUUGACAAAAGCGAUGAACUUCUGGCCAUUGGCUUGUCAUCUCUCCAUGAACAAGUUGCUGUUCUCAAGCAUCUCCACACUCCCCUCGAAGGCCUCGAGCAAUUCGGUUAUGUAACCAAACAACCCUCCAGUCCAGAACUUACCUCUGCGAAAGCGGGACUGGAGGCUGCUAGGGGCUUUGAAAGCUGCGAUCGGUGUGGGACGAGGUUUCAAGUGUUUCCCGGUCGAGAUGACACGGGCCGCUUGACCAGCCAGGGACGGUGCCGUUAUCACUGGGCUCGACUGAACCGUACGGCUCCUUUGAAGAAAGAUAGAAUUCAAGGAACAUCAGAAGCAACCUACCCUUGCUGCAACAAACCACAAGGCAGUGAAGGCUGUUCUGAAGCUGACACACAUGUGUUCGUUGUCAAAGACCCCAAGCGUCUCGCGACAACCCUGCAGUUUGAACAAACCCCAGAAAAGUCUGAUCUACGGCUGAGACAGCCUGUUUCGUUCGAUUGCGAAAUGGGUUACACCACAUAUGGAAUGGAGGUCAUCCGAGUGACGGCUGUCUCAUGGCCUGACGGAAGACUACUUCUUGACGUCUUGGUUCGACCCUUUGGGGAGAUCCUCGAUCUGAACACCAGAUUCUCUGGGGUGACGAAAGAAGACUAUGCAGCUGCGCCGCCGUACGAAGACGGUCUCUCUGAAGUGGUCUCGAAGACGCAUCUCGACAAACACCAGCUCCGUAAAGUGGACUCGCCAGCUACAGCCAGGCAAUUACUGUUUGACCACAUCAGUCGGGAAACCCCCCUGAUAGGCCACGCUAUUGAGAACGAUCUGAACGUGGUGAGGAUCAUACAUCCCUGCGUGGUUGAUACGGUCCUUUUGUAUCCUCACCCGCGAGGACUUCCGAUACGAUAUGGCCUGAAAAUGCUCAGCCAAAAGUACCUGUCGCGAGGUAUCCAGACUGCGGGCGAGGCUGGACAUGAUUCCAAAGAGGAUGCAAUAGCUACGGGGGAUUUGGUGACGAAGAAAGUGGUCGAGAAGUGGAAGGUCAUGAGAUAUGAAGGCUGGACAUUCGUUGACGGGAUCCUCAUGGCACCAGAAGAGAUCAAGGCAGUGAGACACGUGCUCUAA